GUACAAAGUUCAGUCUGGGAACGGAUGAGCAGAAGAGCGUGCUUGAAGACAUGCCAUUUUCAGACACUGACAUCAAUUUGGAGAUAUCAUUUGCAGAGCAGGCAGCUAAUCUCAAAGACAGCUCAGUAGGCAAAAUGUGCAAGGGUGGAGGGGGUGACACUCUUCUCCCGAAUUUCAGGCUGCCGAAGGACAAAACAGGUACCACAAAGAUUGGUGACCUGGCCCCUCAGGACAUGAAGAAAGUCUAUUCUUUAGCACUGAUUGAAUUAACUGCUCUCUAUGACAUACUUGGGACAGAAUUCAAGCAGCAAAAAGCUGUAAAAAUGAAGACCAAAGACUCUGGCUUGUUUGGUGUCCCACUGUCAGUUUUACUGGAACAAGAUCAGAAGAAGGUGCCAGGAACCAAGAUCCCACUGAUUUUUCAAAAGCUGAUUGCCCAGAUUGAAGAGGCAACUCUGGAAACAGAAGGACUUCUUAGAAUACCAGGAGUUGCAACACGGAUAAAGAGUCUUUGCCAAGAACUGGAAGCAAAAUUUUAUGAAGGGACUUUCAACUGGGAAAAUGUAAAGCAACAUGAUGCAGCAAGUCUUUUAAAACUCUUCAUCCGUGAACUGCCUCAGCCACUCCUCACUGUAGAGUAUCUCAAAGCUUUCCAAGACGUACAGAAUCUUCCAACGAAGAAGCAGCAACUGCAAGCUUUGAAUCUUUUGGUUCUCCUUCUACCUGAAGCAAACAGAGACACUCUGAAGGUACUGCUUGAAUUCCUCCAAAGGGUAAUUGAUCAUCGAGACAAAAAUAAAAUGACGUUAAAGAAUGUUGCGAUGGUGAUGGCCCCAAACCUUUUCACGUUUCAUGGGUUUGGCUCAAAGACUAUUGAACAAAGCGAGUUUGUAAUGGCAGCUGGAACAGCAAAUGUCAUGCGCUUUAUGAUUCAGUACCAAAAACUUCUCUGGACAAUUCCUAAGUUUAUUGUUAACCAAGUGAGAAAACAAAACACUGAAAGCCAGAAGAAGGAGAAAAAGGACAAAGCUAUGAAGAAACUUCUGAAAAAGAUGGCAUAUGACCGGGAAAAGCAUGAGAAACAGGAGAAGACCCCUAAUGAUGCUGAUGUUCCUCAGGGAGUGAUACGGGUGCAAGCGCCUCAUCUUUCGAAAGUUUCCAUGGCAAUACAGCUGACGGAAGAACUGAAAGCCGGUGAUAUAGUAGCCAGGUUUCUCAGCCAGAAAAGUGGAAAUGUCCAAACGCUCAAGAAAGAAGAGGUCUUUCUUUAUGAAAUAGGAGGAAAUAUUGGAGAACGCUGCCUUGAUGAUGAUACCUACAUGAAGGACUUAUACCAGCUCAACCCAAAUGCUGAGUGGGUUAUAAAAUCUAAGCAGAGCUAAGCUCACAACUAAUGGCAAAAGAACAACCUGUGGACUUACUUUGUAAGGCUGAAUGUUUCAAAGGGAUAGUGUGUCCUUUCAGCAUUCAACUGUUCUAUAUAUUAAUAGAACCUUAACCAGUUUUUUUAAAAAAAAAAAAAGCAAUGGAAACCCAACAGUGAUUACCAGUAAAUUUUCAGUUUUAGUUGCAGCAAAAUUUUGGAGAUAGCACAGUUUUCCCACUC